AUGCAUCUGUCUUUGACUCAGCAAUGUUGCUUCUGGACACUGCUCUUGCUGCUGGUGUCCAUGGUCCAAGGGGCGAAUAAGACCUCUUCUGUGAAUGUUACAGUGUGGAAUAUCUCCUACCACUCACCCACAGGGAACAUGUUGAAUUGGGCAAUCAAGUUAAGCCAGGAUAUGAAUCACCUAAUUUCAGAACUGUCUACUUACGUUAAUAAAUUUUAUGCCCAAGGCCGUGGAUUUAACAAGAGGAUCAUCAGAUGCCACACUUCUUCCCUCUCUAGACCAAAAAACAAGGAGCAAGCACAAAAUAUUGAAUCUGAAGUCCUACUGACGCUGGCGCGCACUCUAUUGCAAGCCUGGGUCGAUGCGCUGCACCACCUGUGGGCGGAAAUGGCUGACAAACUGGGCUGCACUCCUCCCAUCCUCACGAAAGCCUUGGAGAUAAAGACUAUAAACAGAAAUCUCCUCGAGUCCAUGAAAAAGAUCGCCUGCAAGGCUAAAUUUGCUCUUGGAGGAAAUGUGAAUGCCCCACUCUGGUCUGAAUUGGAACAUUUGCAGUCGCCCUAUAGAGACACUAGAUAUUUUGCCUUUUAUAACUUGUUUCGCUGCUUGGGAAGUGACUCCAAUGACGUGGAAAUGUAUCUGAAGCUCCUGAAGUGCCGAAUGCUCAAAAGCCGCUGCUGA